AUGGAUACCGAUUAUAAAAAUGUGAGCUUAGAUAUUUGGACGAAAAGUUUUGAACUAUUCAUAUGCCAAAAGGAGGAAACGUUGAAGGAGAUAGAAAAUAGGUUUAAAAUCUUAACGGACAAUAUGUGUUAUAGGGGUAUUAGGAUGUCAAAUGAUGAAUAUCUAUCAAAAUUGACAACUGCUUUACCUGCUAAAUGGGAUAAGUUUAUGGUUGAACUAAAACAGAGAGAUUUCUUUCCAGAACUUUUUCCACAUCAGUUCUUUAAUGAAGUUAGAGCAGAGUGGUAUAAGGAAGAAAAGAAACGGAGGGAAUUUUUGUCUAAGAUGGAAAAGAAUUUAAAUAAAUUGGAGCUGGAUGUACUCAUUGAAGUUGAUAAAAGAGUUUGUGGUUUUCUUGCAACAAAGAGAAUCGACAAGAUGGAAACGAAGGAUGCUCCAAAAGUUGAAGAAUCUGUAGAGUCUGAAUCUUCAAGUUCUGCAUCAGUGCGCAUGGCACCCGAAGACGUCCACAAAACCGCAUUUCGAACACACGAAGGGCACUACGAAUUCCUUGUUAUGCCGUUCGGUCUCACAAACGCCCCGGCGACGUUCCAAGCCCUUAUGAACCACGUGUUUCGUACCAUGUUACGGAGGGGAGUGUUGGUGUUUUUCGAUGACAUUUUGAUUUACAGUACGGAUGAACAACAACACGCGAAACAUUUGAGGCAGGUUUUAUCCAUCAUGAAGGAAAACAAGCUGUUCGCAAAGGAAUCUAAAUGCGUGUUCGGGGCCCGAGCAGUGGAGUAUUUGGGUCAUAUUAUCUCCGGGGAAGGAGUAAAAACGGACCCGACGAAGAUUGAAGCGAUACAACAAUGGCCCGUAUAA